GGUCUACAAGGAGACCAAUAUGUCUUCCGGAAAACGUCACCAUAGUUGUAUCGGAACGAAUGUAUGUGGAACGAACGUUAUUCAUACAUUCAUUCCGAUACAACUAUGGUGACGUUUUCUGGAAGACAUAUUGGUCUCCUUGUAGACCAUUUAAAAUUCUCGAUCGUGUCGUUUGCUUCAAUAACAGAUCGAUCAUAGAACCUGAGGAUGCACGAACUGUGGACCUUCCAACAUCGACCACAACUGGUAUUCCCGAUCAGAUAGAUAAUGUUCCGAGACUUUUAGACGAGGUAAUCUUAAAACAAAAUAAUAGAAAACAGCAGGAGCUAGCAAAAAUUUCUCAAUGGAAUGAAGGUUUAACUCAAACCGUCACUGCACAAGCAUACAUCGGUCUAUUUUACGCGUGGCCAAAUCACAAAGCAAACUGUGAACGUGUGUAUCCUACAUGGAAACUGCGCAAAAUAGCCAAAGUGUGA